AUGUUGCUCAAAUCACAGAUGACAGAGUCUAACCUCAAGGGUUCAAAUGUCAAAAUAUUUACGUAUUGUUAUCUUUCCAAUAGAAAUAUGUCACGUAAAAUUGAUAUCUGAAAGUACCGAAACUGUUUUAGUAUAAGCCUUGUUCUAUGGUUUUAGUUCAGCAAGUAAACCAGCCACUUCAAUGUGAAACAUUAUUGUUACAAAGGAGAAUUUAAUAUGCAAUAUCCGUCGUAUUUCCUGUGUAUACUAUCGCUUAUUUUGUCGUCGAAACAUCUUGAUUGCAAAGGGUUUGACGAUACAACUCUUUUCGAUAUAAACUUUCCAGGCAGUGUACCGGAACGUUUAGACGCAGAUUAUGCCGAAACGCUGUUUGUUACUUCUUCUAUGAAAGAAAAAUACCAAUGUUUCCUGCCACUCGUUGUAGAGAAUCAAGAAACUGAGGUGGAAUUGUAUGCAGGGCCCAGUCCUCUCGAGCUUAUUUCUCCGCUAAUUUCUAAGGGCACCUGCUCAUACCGUAUAGAAAGUUACUGGACUUACGAGGUUUGUCAUGGCAAAUAUAUUCGACAAUACCACGAAGAACGCGAUAGCGAAAAAACCAAGCUUCAAGAAUAUAUUUUGGGGAAAUGGGACGAUAGACAACUUGAACGCUUAUUACAAACAUCUAAAAAUGUACGUGAGGAUUUGAAAGAAGAUGUGGUCAUCCCAACUAAAAAGGUUGAUAAUGUCAACUUGCCCUAUUAUGAGAUAGUAAUGGGAAAUGGUACUGCAUGUGAUCUUAACUUCAAUCAGCCAAGAAGCACCAAAGUGAUUUAUGUUUGCUUUCCGCAUGGAAAGCACGAAGUAUAUCUGCUUAAGGAAGAAUCAACUUGCAUAUAUGAAAUAAUAAUUUUAACACCUUUCUUGUGUGUGCAUCCCAAAUACAAGCCAAAAGACAGUAAAGAAUUGAAAAUCAACUGCGUACCUACUGACGGAGCAAAUGCAGAACCCUACAGUUUGAGAAAAUUGCAAUUGGAAAGUGCCAAGCUGAGAAAGAACGCUGAAGUAGAUGGGAUUAAGGUUGAGCUGAUAAAGUUUAAAGCUGAAGACGCUAUUGCUGGAGAUUCCAAAACACCUAAGUUUGUAACUGAGAAAGUCGCGGAUACCAAUCCAGUCAAAGCUUUUUUGGCAGGAAAGCAAUGUCUUUAUGGAGGUACUGGUUGGUGGAAAUUCGGAUUUUGCUAUGGCAAAUCAGUCGAGCAGUUUCACAUCGAAAAAGACGGCUCUAGAAUAGCAAUAAGUUUGGGUGUAUUCAAGAAACAAAAGCAUUUGAACUGGAUUACAGAGCAUCCUCAUAAGAGGCCCAAGCCUUUGCACCAGAGAAAACAGCUAUCACACUUCUACUCAGAUGGUAGUGUUUGCGACAAAACAGGGCAACCCCGCCAAACUGAAGUGAAACUCAAAUGCUUGGAAAAGCCAAAAAGUCCAAGUAGUGUUUCUUUGUACCUUCUGGAACCCAGACCUUGCUCAUACAUCCUCGGUGUAGAAUCGCCGUUGAUCUGCGAAAUUCUGGAAAAUGCUGAUCAGGAUGGAUUGGUAGAAGUUCCUUUAGAGUUUGAAGAGGAAGACAGUGAGCUUACCAGUUUUACUAUUAAGCUUUAGAUUGUAUUUACUUUCCUAGACUAUUUAUCAUUCACCAUCAAUAAAAGAAGCAGUCAAAAAAGUUAUAUUAUAUUUGUUGUUGUAAAUGCAGGUGUAAAAUUGUUGGUUUGCAAUAUCACAGCCAUGGAAUCGGUUUAGUUAUGUUCAAACUCCUGAUAUAAAUCUUGUGUAUACUUCAAUUCUGAAUAAAAAUGGGCUGAUUUAAUACUAA